GACGCGCAUGCGCACUGACCUGCCACGACCCCCGCCCGGCGGCGUGUCCCUCCCGGCGCGGCCGCAGUGCGCAUGCGCAGCGCGCCGGUACCGGCACCGCUUCCUGCGGGGCACCAUGGCUGUAGGCACGGGCACCUCCUUGGCCCUCUCCUCGCUGCUGUCGCUGCUGCUGUUCGCCGGGAUGCAGAUGUACAGCCGGCAGCUGGCCUCCACCGAGUGGCUGACCAUCCAGGGGGGGCUGCUGGGCUCCGCGCUCUUCGUCUGCUCCCUCACUGCCUUCAACAACCUGGAGAACCUCGUCUUUGGGAAGGGCUUCCAGGCCAAGAUAUUCCCUGAGAUCCUCACCUGCCUCUUGCUGGCUCUCUUUGCCUCUGGCCUCAUUCACCGAGUCUGUGUGACCACCUGCCUCAUCUUCUCCAUGGUCGGCCUCUACUACAUCAACAAGAUCUCCUCCACCCUCUACCAGUCCGCAGCUCCUGUCACUGCUCCCGCCAAGGCUGUCGGCAAAGGCAGGAAAAGGAAUUGACACCAGGCAGCCCCCUCCCCACCACUCCAGACAGGGGCUCUGGAACCCCCCCAAUAAAGCCGUUUCUUUGUA